AUACUUCAGGUGAAUCAUAGUAUACUAUGUCCAUUGAAAUAUAUUACGGUGCUGAAGUAUAUUAUAGUUUGUCCCAAGUAGGCUAGAAAGUCAGAGACAUUCCGACCAGCGGACCCUAGUUCUAGGUUCAAAUGACUCUAAUACCACACAUUUGUGACACCUUUCUUUUUUUAAAUGCAUUAUGGUGAUAUUCUUUAUAUGUCAGUCCAGUCACAUCUAUUAGACUUUUUUGUUACAUCUUUUUUGUUGUGUUUGCUCCCCAAAGUUUCCUUUGCUGUCUAUUAUCAUAACUAAUCAUAAAAACCCUGGGAACAGAAUAAAUGGUAACACUAAGUUGUUUCAUGGAUUUGGAAAAGAAUGUACUUUUGCCGAUCAGGAAAUCCCGGUGGAAAAUCCUGUUGACGAACCAACCAGCUCAUUUGUGCAAAGAAUUAGGACACAAACAAAACAUAUUUUUAAUAUUCGCCUAAGUGUGGUUGGUAAGGAAAUUUAGGAAAAACGCGUAUUUCGGAUCGCUCCCAUUAACAUAGAUUAGAAAAAGGUACUUGCAGUGCUCGAAUCUGGACACCUAACAUAAUGAGAGCAUAUCAUGUGAAACAUGUGAAAAAAUUAAUACUUGGAAAAUAUUUGCAGCAUUCAGUAAAUAGUUUUUGACUGAGUCAUUUUCUAGUAUUUUUAAUACAAGUCAAACAAAGGCCUUACUAGGAGGGAAAAUGGUGUCAUGCGACCAUUUGCAUGUCAUAACUAUUUUAACACUCUUCACAUGUGGAAACAGCGUUUACACAAUUCAACUAGCUCGAAGUUGAAAUAUUUACGUGUAAUGGUGAAGGGUCUCUUUAAGAGACAAGAGAGGAGUUGAACGUCCUCCACCAUACCUUAGUUUAAAGGGACGAUUGUGGAAGUCCCAUGAAAUGCCACAUAGUGAUGGUGUCACUUUAAAAAACACCCAGCCCCGUCUGUGAACGGUUGGCGCUAGGAAGGGCAUCCAGCUGUAAAACAAUGCCAAAGCUCUUUAUUGAUGGCCAAAAGAACAGUUGAUCAGACAAACUGCGUAAACGGGACUGGAACUCUAAUGAGUGAAGGUUUGCGCACGAUAGAGCGGAUGUCAGGUGUGAGCAUCGUUAGACCGUUACCCAGCUAUUACAUCACAAGGUAGAUAACACUAGGUUGAGGAUGGAUAGUGUAAAAUGUUGGUACUCUGAGAGGUAAAGCAGGUGAAGUAGUUGAAAUGUUAGAACGUAGAUCUGUUGAUAUGUGUUGUGUUCAGAAAGUCAGGUGGAGAGGAGCUUCAGUGAGAUUUGUGGAAGGUAGGAGGGCAAGGUAUAAGCUUUUUUGGAUUGGUAUAAGUGAUGGAUAUGGAGGAGUUGGCAUAUUCGUUGCAGAGAAGUGGGUAGAAACAGUAAUAGAUGUUAUGUGUGUUAAUAGUUGUAUUAUAGUGAUAAGUUUUUGAUAGGUAAUAGGAUUGUCACUUUUCUGUCAGUUUAUGCUUCACAGUGUGGACUCAGUGAGGAAGAUAAAGAUACGUUUUAUGAUGAGUUAAUAGCAGUCACAUCAAAGUUUGGAGACACUAAACUUGUCAUGAGUUUGGAAUGGCAACGGCAUGGUGGUUUGCAACACAUCAUUCAGUAAAAGACAGAGUAGGCUGAUAACAUAUGAGUCAGGUGCCUGUAAGACACAGAUAGAUUACUUCCUGGUUAGAAAAUCAGACAAGAAAGUGAUGAAGGAUGUGAAAGUUAUAUCGGGGGAAGAGCGUAUUUCCCAGCAUAGGUUGCUGGUUUGUGAUAUUAUCUUGAAGAGUGUUAAAGAAGCCAAGGGAAAGUACAGGCCCUGUCGUAAAGUCCGGAGGCUGAAGGAAGAUAUUGUAGCAAGACAAUUUAGUGCAAAACUUCAGCAGUUAGCCCGCAAUGGUCAGUGUGAUAGUGACAAUGUUGAAAGUACUUGGACUACUUUGAAGAAUUGUCUUCUAGAAGCUUCUGUUGAUACCUGUGGGUGGAUGAAAGGACCAGCUAGACAUAGACAGACCUGGUGGUGGAAUAAUGAGGUUGACCAGUGUAUCGUACAGCAGUGUAUAAGGCAAAAUCAGAAGCAGAGAGAAACAGGUUUGCAGAUGUGUUACAAAGGGAAGACCAGCUAGUCCUUUGUUGUUUGUUCUAGUCUUAGAAGCGCUGGUGAUGGAGUUCAGAACAGGGUGUCCAUGGAAGUUAUUGUUUACAGAUGAUUUGGUUCUCAUAGUAGAGUCGAUGGAAGAAUUAGUUGAAAAGUUUGAGAAGUGGAAGAAAGGACUAAAAGAGAAAGGGCUAAGGGUGAACACAGCAAAGUCUAAGGUCAUGAUUAGUAGCAUUGCAUCCAAGUGUGACCUUGUAGUUGGAAGUGGCCUUGUGGUGUUUGCAGGAAAGGGGUUGGUAGAAGCUCAAUUUUUUGUCAGACUUGCAAGCAUUGGGUACAUAAGAAGUGCAGUAGUAUUGGUGGAAGGUUAAAAGCUGACAUUCAGUUUGUAUGCAAGUGUUGCAAAGGUGAGAUUAUAGAGAAUGAAGUAUUUCCAGCUUUAAUGAUGUACAACAGUGGCUCGUUAGACAUAGUUGAGAACUUCUGUUACUUAGGUGAUAUGUUGGGCCGUGAAGGGGGUGAUGGAAGAAGUGUUACUUGCAGGAUAGGUUCUGCUUGGAAGAA